GGUUCCGGCUCGGCCCCGCCCACGCGGGUCACGUGCACGCUAGGCCCCGCCCACGCCCUGCCCACUCCGCCCCUGAGAUUCCUGCGGACUCGGCUCGGGCCGCUUCGGAAGACCCAGAGCCUCGGCGUCCGGUGGCCCCACUCUAGAGACUUCGUCCUGCGUGGAAGGUCUUCCACAGCCUGGACAUGGCGCCAGACACCUGCUGCUGCUCCCGUCGGGCCCUGCAGAGGAGGCUGCCCUUCCUGGCCUGGCUGCCUGUCUACUCUCUACAGUGGCUGCCAAUGGACUUCAUCGCGGGACUCUCCGUGGGACUCACAGUCAUCCCCCAGGCCCUGGCCUAUGCAGAAGUGGCCGGACUCCCGCCCCAGUAUGGCCUCUACUCUGCCUUCACGGGAUGCUUCGUGUAUUUCUUCCUGGGCACCUCCCGGGAUGUGACUCUGGGCCCCACGGCUAUCAUGUCCCUCCUGGUGUCCUUCUACACUCUCCAUGAGCCUGCCUACGCCGUGCUGCUCGCCUUCCUGUCUGGGUGUAUCCAGCUGGCCAUGGGGUUCCUGCAUUUGGGGUUCCUACUGGACUUCAUCUCCUGCCCUGUCAUUAAAGGCUUCACUUCAGCUGCCACCAUCACCAUUGGCUUUGGACAGAUCAAGAACCUGCUGGGAUUGCAGCGUAUCCCCCGGCAGUUCUUCCUCCAGGUGUACCACACCUUCCUCCACAUCAGCGAGACCAGGGUGGGCGACGCCGUCCUGGGGCUGGCCUGCAUGGUGCUGCUGCUUGCACUGAAGCUGAUGCGGGAAGGAGUACCUCCUCCCGACCCUGAGACGCCCCUUUGUGUGAAGCUCAGCCGUGGGCUGGUGUGGACUGUCACCACAGCUCGCAAUGCCUUGGUGGUCUCCUUUGCAGCCCUGAUUGCUUACUCCUUCGAGGUGACAGGCCAUCAUCCUUUCGUUCUGACUGGAAAGAUAGCUGAGGGGCUCCCUCCUGUGCGGGCCCCACCCUUCUCAGUGACCACAGACAAUAAGACCAUCUCAUUCUCUGAGAUGGUGCAGAACAUGGGGACUGGACUGGCUGUGGUUCCUCUGGUGGGCCUCCUGGAGAGCAUUGCCGUGGCCAAAUCCUUUGCUUCUCAGAAUAACUACCGCAUUGAUGCCAACCAGGAGCUGCUGGCCAUCGGCCUCACCAAUGUGCUGGGCUCCCUUGUCUCAUCUUACCCAGUCACUGGAAGCUUUGGGAGGACAGCCGUGAAUGCCCAGACUGGGGUGUGUACCCCAGCAGGCGGCCUGGUGACUGGUGUGCUAGUGCUGCUGUCUCUGAACUAUUUGACCUCGCUGUUCUACUACAUUCCCAAGUCUGCACUGGCUGCCGUCAUCAUCAUGGCUGUGGCUCCGCUGUUUGAUGCCAAGAUCUUCAGGACACUCUGGCGUGUGAAGA